CGGGCGGGCAGCGCGCAAGCUUCCCGGGUGCCCAGUACCGGGGUCGUUAUGGCUGGCAGCCCAGGCAGCGAGGCCUCCUUGGAGGGCAUUUCUUUGGGCUCCUCUGAGGAAGCGGAGCUCCGGAGGGAAGCCAUGCAGCAAGUCCUGGACAACCUGGGAUCCCUCCCCAAUGCCACAGGUGCUGCAGAGCUGGAUCUGAUCUUCCUUCGAGGCAUUAUGGAAAGCCCCAUAGUCAGAUCCCUGGCCAAGGCCCAUGAGAGACUAGAGGAGACGAAGCUGGAAGCUGUGCGGGACAACAACCUGGAGCUGGUGCAGGAGAUCCUGCGGGACCUGGCACAGCUGGCAGAGCAGAGCAGCACCGCUGCAGAGCUGGCGCGAAUCCUCCAGGAGCCGCACUUCCAGUCCCUUCUGGAGACGCACGACUCAGUAGCCUCCAAAACUUAUGAGACACCACCCCCCAGCCCUGGUCUGGACCCCACAUUCAGCAACCAGCCGGUACCUCCAGAUGCGGUGCGCAUGGUGGGCAUCCGCAAGACUGCAGGAGAGCAUCUGGGUGUGACAUUUCGGGUGGAGGGUGGCGAGUUGGUGAUCGCACGCAUACUGCACGGGGGCAUGGUGGCCCAGCAAGGCCUGCUGCACGUGGGGGACAUCAUCAAGGAGGUGAAUGGGCAGCCGGUGGGUAGCGACCCCCGGGCACUGCAGGAGCUCCUACGCAGUGCCAGUGGCAGCGUCAUCCUCAAGAUCCUGCCUAGCUACCAGGAGCCCCAUCUGCCUCGUCAGGUAUUUGUUAAAUGCCACUUUGACUAUGACCCGGCCCGAGACAGUCUCAUCCCAUGCAAGGAAGCAGGCCUGCGCUUCAACGCUGGCGAUUUGCUCCAGAUUGUAAACCAGGAUGAUGCCAACUGGUGGCAGGCCUGCCAUGUGGAAGGGGGCAGUGCUGGGCUCAUUCCUAGCCAGCUGCUGGAGGAGAAGCGGAAGGCGUUUGUCAAACGGGACCUGGAGCUGACACCCACCUCAGGGACCUUAUGCGGCAGCCUUUCGGGAAAGAAGAAGAAGCGAAUGAUGUAUUUGACCACCAAGAAUGCAGAGUUUGACCGCCAUGAACUGCUUAUUUAUGAGGAGGUGGCCCGCAUGCCCCCAUUCCGCCGGAAAACCCUGGUGCUGAUUGGGGCGCAGGGUGUGGGCCGGCGCAGCCUGAAGAACAAGCUCAUCAUGUGGGAUCCAGAUCGCUAUGGCACCACAGUACCCUACACAUCCCGGAGACCCAAGGACUCAGAGCGGGAAGGCCAGGGCUACAGCUUUGUGUCCCGUGGGGAGAUGGAGGCUGACAUCCGUGCUGGCCGCUACCUGGAACAUGGCGAAUAUGAAGGCAACUUGUAUGGCACACGAAUCGAUUCCAUCCGGGGUGUGGUUGCUGCCGGCAAGGUGUGCGUGCUGGAUGUCAACCCUCAGGCCGUGAAGGUGCUGAGGACAGCUGAGUUUGUCCCUUACGUGGUUUUCAUUGAGGCCCCCGACUUUGAGACUCUGCGGGCUAUGAACCGGGCUGCUCUGGAGAGUGGAGUGUCCACCAAGCAGCUCACGGAGACAGACCUGAGACGGACAGUGGAGGAGAGCAGCCGCAUCCAGAGGGGCUAUGGGCACUACUUCGACCUCAGCCUGGUCAACAGCAACCUCGAGAGGACCUUCCGUGAGCUCCAGGCUGCCAUGGAGAAGCUGCGGACGGAGCCCCAGUGGGUGCCCGUUAGCUGGGUGUACUGAACCUCUUCAAUGGGACUUUGUUCCCCACUGGGUUGUAACCCACGGCCUGAAUCCAUUCCUUUCCCCACCCAUGACCCCCUGCCCCCAGCCAUGGUCUUCUGCCUCCACCUCUGGCUUUUCUGGGUAGCAGCUCCCAGUAGGCACUAAGACUGGCUUUAGCACAGAAGUGUGUGCUGCCAGGGAGGUGGGUGUUCAUGGGGCACCUAUGUGCCCAGGUGCUGUCCACUCCCAGGCCAUUGGCCACUAGAUGUCUCUCCCUAAGGGGCCAAGCUAUACCCAGGAGUACGCCAGAGUCACCUCCCAUAGUGCUCAGUCAGAAAAGAGCAAAACUGCUUGGGGACCCCAUGGAUAGUGGGGCCCUGCCACCUCUCUCCAACUGCCUUUACUCCUCCAGAUUGACCACUCCAAUCCUAUUCUCCCACCUGUCACCCCUGGUCCUACAAGCAGGCCUGGGGCUGUUUCCUUUGGCCAGUCAGGCAGAGCUGGGCAGUGAUACCAAUCUGGGUUGUAUUGGAGGCUGAAAGACACAAACCAUGAGCCGUUGUCACAAGUGGGCAGUGUGGCCCUCAGCUCCCUUGGAAGGGGUGGACACUGCCCUGCCCUCCCUCCCUCACAGCUUCUCACUGCCAGAGUCUCUCCACAGCCUUCUCCCAUGGGCCCUUGGCAGGUCCUCCCUGCUCCCCAAAGGGAGAGGCUGGCAGCAGCUGGUAGGCUCAGCCCAGGGGUGUAUGUGUGUGUGUGUGUGUGUGCGCGUGCACGUGUGUGUGUGUGUGUGUGUGUGUGUGUGUGGUAGAAGGCUGAGCCCUGUGCUCAGGUGCCUGCUCUACUGAUGAAAGGCUCCAGGGCCUAUGGUGGGGGACUCAUUGUCCCUAUCCAGGAGUUCUGUCCAUUUUGAUCUUUUUGGUGGGAACCAGGAGGGCUACUCAUACCAGGGCUGCCAGGGUGGAGGCCAAGGGACUUGUAAACACAGACUUGGAGACCCACAGGCGCCCUCUAGGAGCUUCUGGCUGCACAGUUCCAGGAGCACCAUUCAUACUGCAGCCCGAAUGACCUGUGGUUCUGUUUGCUUCAGUGCUGUUCUGUGUUUCUAAAUCCUGUUGUGGUUGUGUGUCAGGCACAGUUUGGGGCAACGGAGGUGGGGGGGGCGGGUGCAGGGGAACUAAAUGUUAUUUUUCUUUUGAGGCUACUCCCUGGGCUCCAUUAAUAGGGGAGUUCUCCACCAGCUCCAUUUUUAGCAAGACCCUCAUCCUACACUCCAGAGCCUAGGCCUUCCCCAGCUGUGUUCCUCCGUGUUCCCAUUGUCCCCUGUCCUGAAUGCCACCCUCCAGUCCUGGGGGAAAGGCACUUUUGUAAAAUAGGUGAAUCCUUUUUAAGUAUCCUGUCCUAGAUGUCCCUGGGCAUCUCAUCCCUCAUCCUUCCCGACAUGAGCCUGUCUUUAGAGGGGACCCUCAUAACCUCCAUUCCUGUGCCUCUAGGUUCUUGUGUAUGUCCAGCCAGCCUUGGCUGCAGUGUCAGUCCAAGCUGGCCCCGGAGCCACUGUGUUUGUUUCCUAGGGAAGGGGAGAGAGAGAAGAAACAGAAUAUUUAUUACAAAGGUUAGAAAUAUAUUUAUUAUAUUAGGAGUCUCAUUUGCAUAGGAUAUGCAAAUGAGGUAUAGAGGUCAAGUCAGCUCCCAUCUCAUUUGCAUAGCUCAUCUGCAAUCUUUAUAUUCUUUUCCCCUGGAGUCCGAGUCUUUUAUCCUUUGUUCAGUGCUCCCUUGGGUCACCCUCCCCCUCUGCCCAGAAGACUGGCAGGGGGAGGGGAAUGGGCUGUUUUCCUGCACAUUUGAGGCCAUAGAGUUAUUUGCCAGGUUCAUCUUCCUGGGAGCCUUGCAGGGACAGAUGGGUGUGGCACCAGCCAUUUCCUGUGGCUGUCCAACAUGGCAGGCCUGACACUUCCUCCUCCAGUGACGCUGAGGGGCUGUGCCCGGCCUCUCCCCGCUCCUACUGAGUCCAACCUGCUCCUGGCACCUAUCUGAUGGAUGCCGAGGCCAUGGGCACCCUCAGCUCACCUGGCGGAGCCAGGGCUGGUUGUAAUAGGUGUGUCCUCACAGAGGUAGCUCUGUCAUUGUCCUCCCUUUCUUUGUGGACUCUUGUGUUUGGGGGACCUAAAGAGAAUGAGAACUCACCUCUCGGGGUUCACACUCAGCCCUAGCCCAAUUGCCCUUCCUUUCCUUCUCCCUCAGCUACCUACUUUCCUCUGGUUUUCUUUCUUUUCCUUUUAUUAAAUGUGAA